AUGACAGCCGUACAAACAGCAAGACUGGCCGCUACAGUCACACCUAUCCCUAUCCGACACCACAGCACAACAUUCUUCGAGCUGCCACUCAAGAAACGCAAGCAACGCCGCAUUUUAGAGGAGGAGGAGCGCCGACGGGCCCUUUUAGAAGCUGAGGAGGAGUCCCGAUCAGAGGCAUGGAACUACAUCAUCGAGUUCCUGGAGGUUUCUGAGUGGUGCGAUCAAAUGGACCAGAUUACAGUCGUAUACGACGCUGUCCCGACAAUGGAGGAGCUAGGUGCUUACGGUUUCUUGGACGAGAAGGAAGGAACCAUCGCCUGCCGACGACUAUUCAAAGCUCCCGUUGUAUGGGACGAGCUAGGCCACGGAUUGUGGAAGCUCUUGCGAUCAGUUGCGGACCAGAAGCGGGCCGCCCUGGAGGAGGUCGCCAAGGCAAACCCAUGGAACUCAGCUUCCGAAGCAUCAAACUCAGUCGCCAGCCCAAGACGAUCCUCGUCACGACGAGCAUCACAGGACUCAUGUGCGACGACAAUGUCUGGCGAGUCGGUAUCACCACACGCCUCACUAAGCUCGUCGCCCGCCAGGAAGGGCAGUGUCCCUCGUAUCUUUGCCCGAAUCACAGCUCGGCGAUAG